AGAGCGAUUAUCUACAACGUCUACAGCGGUCACACAGGAAUCUUCUCGAAGUGAUAUAAUUUUCAAGUAAAAGGUUCACCAAUGCUGAGAACAUCAACUUCCGACUCUCCAUGGUUAUGAAGACAGGACAAUACGUCCUUUACGAGCAGAAGCUGAAGUCGCUUCUCAACGAAAAUGCCAAGCUUGUCAUCAACACUAAGCACCGAGAAUUUUCGAAUUGGAAGGAUCCGUCAUGCUCGUCAUAGCUGGAGUUCACCACUACAACGGAAACAAACACAAGCUUGGCACUGCCCUUGGAUUUCCGCUAUCUCUGCACCUUCACUUUCGAAUAUCACGGACAAUUUUAAUAUUUUUUCAUCAUUAAUAUAUUUUAAUGUACAUAAAGAAGUACCGAUGUCCUAUUUUUGUCUAAUAAAUUACUUUGUACUCAG